UCCUGGCCAGCUCCGCACCUACACGGGCCUCAGCGGCCUGGCGCUGCUGGGCACCAUCGUGAGCGCCUAUCGCGCCCUCAUGCAGCCCGAGCCGGGCCCCGGCGCCGGCCCAGGAGAGCCCGAGGCGCUCACGUCGCCUCAGCAGCCGCAGCCACCCCAGCCACCGCGGACCAGCGCCCCGCCGGGCCCCGGCGGCCCCCGGGCCCGGGACGUGGCCCAGUACCUGCUGUCCGACAGCUUGUUCGUGUGGGUAUUGGUAAAUACUGCUUGCUGUUUCUUGAUGUUGGUGGCCAAGCUAAUCCAGUGUGUCGUAUUUGGUCCUCUUCGAGUUAGUGAGAGGCAGCACCUAAAGGACAAGUUUUGGAACUUUAUCUUCUACAAGUUCAUUUUCAUUUUUGGUGUGCUGAAUGUCCAGACAGUGGAAGAGGUGGUGAUGUGGUGUCUCUGGUUUGCUGGGCUUGUAUUUCUGCAUCUGAUGGUGCAGCUAUGCAAAGACAGGUUUGAAUAUCUUUCAUUUUCUCCCACCACACCGAUGAGCAGUCAUGUCCGAGUGCUGACUCUUCUGAUUGCUAUGCUACUGUCCUGUUGUGGAUUAGCUGUUGUCUGCUGUGUGACGGGCUACACCCACGGAAUGCACACAUUGGCCUUCAUGGCUGCAGAGUCUCUCCUUGUGACAGUGAGGACUGCUCAUGUGAUUUUACGUUAUGUAAUUCACCUCUGGGAUCUCAAUCAUGAAGGGACAUGGGAAGGAAAGGGCACUUACGUGUAUUAUACAGAUUUUGUUAUGGAACUCACUUUGUUGUCCCUGGACCUUAUGCACCAUAUUCACAUGUUGCUAUUUGGCAACAUCUGGUUGUCCAUGGCCAGCUUGGUGAUCUUUAUGCAGCUACGUUAUCUGUUCCAUGAGGUACAACGUCGAAUCCGUCGCCACAAGAAUUACUUGCGUGUAGUUGGAAAUAUGGAGGCCAGGUUUGCAGUUGCAACUCCUGAAGAACUAGCUGUCAAUAAUGAUGACUGUGCCAUCUGCUGGGACUCCAUGCAGUCAGCAAGGAAACUGCCCUGUGGACAUCUCUUUCACAACUCCUGUCUCCGCUCCUGGCUUGAACAGGAUACCUCCUGUCCUACCUGCAGAAUGUCUCUGAAUAUUGCUGACAAUAAUCGAAUCAGAGAGGACCAGCAAGGGGAGAACUUGGAUGAGAAUUUGGUGCCAGUGGCAGCAGCUGAAGGCCGGCCUCGCCUAAAUCAGCAUAACCACUUCUUCCACUUUGAUGGUUCCCGAAUUGCUAGCUGGCUGCCCAGUUUUUCAGUGGAAGUGAUGCAUACCAACAACAUCCUGGGCAUUACUCAAGCAGGCAAUUCCCAACUUAAUGUAAUGGCUCAUCAAAUUCAAGAAAUGUUUCCCCAGGUACCAUACCAUCUGGUUCUGCAGGAUUUACAACUGACACGUUCAGUUGAAAUAACAACAGACAACAUUUUAGAGGGGCGAAUUCAAGUACCUUUCCCUGCACAGCGGCCAGACAGCCUUAGACCUGCAUUGAACAAUUCUGUAGAGAGGUCAAAUGACCAAGAAGAGAAUGAAAUCUCUACUCAGGCUGAGCGUGGGCCCCUUGACCUCAGUCCUGGGUUGGAAGAGAUAGCAGACUUCAGUGAGAUAGAAGCUGAGCCCAAUGAGGUAGAGGAUUUUGAAGCCCGAGGGAGCCGUUUCUCCAAGUCAGCUGAUGAGCGACAGCGAAUGUUAGUACAGAGGAAAGAUGACCUGCUGCAGCAAGCUAGGAACACAAACAUCUCCACAUGAGAGAGAAAACACAAUCCACUAAAACAAAGGAGGAAGAAGGAAGAACAGCACAAAAGAAAAGCAUUCACUAGGAAGGUUAAGAACUUAAAAAAAAAGGUUAAAAAUUUAAAAAGAAAUGAAACCCCAAGAUUCCCUAAAGAGCUUAGAAGCCUGUCUUGGCAUGUGAUACACAAUGUUUGUCAGGGACAAAAAAAAAGUCCAGAUAAGAAAAUAAAAAAGUAUGGGAGGAAAAUAGGGAGAGAGAAAAUAUAAACAUAUGUACUUGUUGGCAGCUACCAGCCAGUGAGCGCAGUGCUUUUUCUAUACAAACCUGCAGGGUUAAUGACAGACAGGCAUCUAUCUGCCUUGGGAAUGGGAUCUAGGGAUCAGUCGUGCCCCGGGGGAGGGGGAGGGGGAGGUCGAGGUGGGGAGGGGGAGAGGCUGGGAAUGGAGGAGGGAGGGGAGAAGGGCGCUGCCUGACCAACAGUGGUCUGUGGGGAUUUCAUUCACUCCAGCUGAGUCAAGGCCUCUGAGGCUCUGAGAACUCACCCCAAAGUGCAGCUCCAACGCCCCAGUGAAAAUGUCAGGCUGAGGCCAGCAGCUGCUGCUGUACCCUCUCUAGCCAGGCUGGGUAGUGGGCAGUGUGUAAAUUCUAUAAAAUAAUGGGGACUAGAUGGAGGGUGAGGGUGGAGGCUGAAAGGGAAGACGAUUUGUCCUUUCUUAACUACAAGAGCACAUGAGCAAUGUUGGGGGGAGGGUCCUUUUUAGUUUUGUUUUCAUUGGGCUUCUAAAUGUGUAAAGACUCAGCUAAAACCAAACGCUACGGCAUUCUACAGAAACACACAGCCAUCCUUCUGGGCUCAGUACAUUACACAUGGACUUUAGAAAGAAAGGCCGUUUCUUACAAAGGCCAAAAGGUCAUGCUACCAGUGGAUCAACGCCAACAGGACAGAGAAUCCGUGAAGCAUUCUGUAGAGAGAGAGACAAGGGGGUCCAGUCUGACCGUCUUCUUUCAUUCUUAAGAAACAACAAUAACAAAGCAAUGUUUGUACAACUUCUUAGCAUGGGGUGGCAGCCAGGGAUUGGGAGAGGGGAGGACAUCCCUGUCUGAGAUGAGGGGAGUUGGGGGGGCGGAGCAGGAGCACAGGUGAGAGGGGACAGAUAGCACUGCAAUUUGUAGAGUACCCUCUCACAGAAUUUAAAAAUGAGGCAAGGGAGGGGGAUGGGGGGCAAGGCCCAGUGAGGAAGGAGCCACCAAGCCUCAGUUUUCUUUCUGUCCUUUUUCCAUAAGAACCCACCUUUAGAUUGGCCCUGAGGGGGCAUCCUGUUUCGGCCAGCAAAGCCCUCACCCCACCCUGGGUCUCUCCCUUGCCCCUGCCAAAGGCCUCCUUUCAGUUGGGUUUCUGCUUAUUUUUUCAGGAACAUUUUUCAGGAACACCGGUAUUGGGUACUCCUUUCCCAUUGCUGGUGUCAAAACACAAACACCAUCUGCCCCUUCCUCUGCUUUUAACUUGGGAAGGAAAUAGCAUUCCACGAAUGAAGAACUGGCUGGGGGCUAUGGAUAGCUCAGGGAAACCAUCCUGCCAGGUCCUCUUAAAAAUAAAUAAAUAAAUAAAUGUCCUAUGAGGAUUUUUUUUUUGGUUGGGGGGAGGGAGUAAGGAGGAGGAGGAGGAGGAGGAAGGAAAUGUAUAGUGUUUCUUUCACAGGCUUUAGAAAACACAAGAGUUGAACCCAACUGA